AUGACCAAACGCAACCACUCCUUGACAACUGAAUUUAUCCUUACAGGAUUUACAGAUCGACCAGAGCUGAAGUACCUUCUCUUUGUGGUGUUCUUCUCCAUCUAUCUGAUUACCAUGGUGGGGAAUCUUGGUUUGGUAGCAUUGAUCUAUAUGCAACAUCGUCUUCACACACCAAUGUACAUCUUUCUGGGCAACCUGGCACUGAUGGAUUCAUGCUGUUCCUGUGCUAUUACCCCAAAAAUGUUAGAGAACUUCUUUUCAGAAGACAGAAUGAUUUCCCUCUAUGAAUGCAUGGCACAGUUUUAUUUCCUCUGUCUCGCUGAAACUACAGACUGCUUUCUUCUGGCAGCUAUGGCCUAUGAUCGGUAUGUGGCAAUAUGCAGCCCACUGCAGUAUCACACCAGGAUGUCAAAGAAACUCUGCAUUCAGAUGACCACAGGGGCCUACAUAGCUGGAAAUGUGCAUUCCAUGAUUCAAGUUGGGUUUCUCUUUAGGUUAACUUUCUGCAGAUCUCAUGAAAUCAAUCACUUUUUUUGUGAUGUCCUUCCCUUGUAUAGACUCUCCUGUGUGGACCCUUUUAUCAAUCAAUUGAUGAUCCUUAUCUUUUCGGGGUCAGUUCAAAUCUUCUCUAUUACUAUAGUUGUAAUCUCUUAUCUCUAUAUCCUUUUCACUAUUUUCAAAAUGAAAUCCAGAGAGGGAAGUAGCAAAGCCUUAUCGACUUGUGCAUCCCACUUUUUCUCUGUCUCAAUAUUCUAUGGUUCUCUUCUCUUCACAUAUAUUCGACCAAAUACUGUUAAAGAAGAAAUGAACAAUAUACCCCUUGCUAUUUUUUAUACUCUAGUAAUUCCUUUAUUAAAUCCUUUUAUAUAUACUCUAAGAAAUAAGGAAGUAAUAAAUGUUACGAAAGGAAUUUUGAAGAGGAGAAAAAUCUCUUAA